GUAGGUGAGACCCGGAAGGUCUGUCUCUGCUGGGCGCGUGGUUUGGGAUCUGCAAAAUUGUGGAAUCGCUGCCGUGAGGCUUUGAGGGGCGUUAGCGAAGCACCGACGGGUCUCUAAGCGGUCUCCCUGUCCCUGGAGUUCGAAAUGCUUUACCUGAUCGGCUUGGGCCUGGGAGAUGCCAAGGACAUCACAGUCAAGGGCCUGGAAGUUGUGAGGCGCUGCAGUCGAGUGUAUCUGGAAGCCUACACCUCAGUCCUGACUGUAGGGAAGGAAGCCCUGGAAGAGUUUUAUGGAAGAAAAUUGAUUCUUGCUGACAGGGAAGACGUGGAACAAGAAGCAGAUAAUAUUUUGAAGGAUGCUGAUGUCAGCGAUGUUGCGUUCCUUGUGGUUGGUGAUCCAUUUGGGGCUACAACACACAGUGAUCUUAUUCUGAGAGCAGCAAAGUUGGGAAUCCCUUAUCAAGUUAUUCACAAUGCCUCCAUAAUGAAUGCUGUAGGCUGCUGUGGUUUACAGUUGUACAAGUUUGGAGAAACAGUUUCUAUUGUGUUUUGGACGGACACUUGGAGACCAGAGAGCUUCUUUGACCGAGUGAAGAAGAACAGACAAAAUGGCAUGCACACAUUGUGUUUGCUUGAUAUCAAAGUGAAGGAGCAGUCCCUGGAAAAUCUCAUGAGGGGAAGGAAGAUCUAUGAACCUCCUCGAUACAUGACUGUGAACCAGGCAGCCCAGCAGCUUCUAGAAAUUGUUGAGAAUCAGAGAGCACGCGGGGAAGAACCAGCAAUCACUGAGGAGACACUCUGCGUUGGCUUGGCCAGAGUUGGCGCUGAAGACCAGAAAAUUGCAGCGGGCACUUUACAGCAGAUGUGUACAGUGGACUUGGGAGAACCGUUGCAUUCUUUGGUCAUCACAGGGGGCACCCUGCACCCACUGGAGAUGGAAAUGCUAAGUCUUUUCUCUAUACCGGAAUCCCAAAGCAUUAAUGGACUCUGAACAUGGACAUUUUCUGUUGUCUCACGUUCAUUUCAGUUCGAUUGGGUGUGCGGUAUUUAUAUGACAAAUGGCAUGGGUCUGUCCUUUAUCUAGAAAGUGUAACAGAAGGGACAAGAGGAGGCAUGUCGACCCAGCAGCGUUGGCUUUCCCACAGCAGUUCUUCCCCCUUUCAUCAGCAUUACUGCUGCGGCAUCGGCGGGCUACUCGCCAGGGUGGACACACAUGGAGCAGAUGAAGCCGGGCAAGUGUGGCUGGACAUCCACACAGUGAAAAGAUUUUCAUAGACGGGACCUGUCAAUGCAAGGAGGCUGGUACAAGAGUAACUGAGGAAACUGGAAUGUGAAUCACCUGAACCCGAUUGUUAAGGGAUAAAGAAGCAGGGAGUAGUAAGUACAGCAAAUAAAAGCUUGCUAACUAUUCA